AUGAAUUCUUCGCGUGGUAAUGGCCUUGGUUAUGGUCAUGGAAAUAUGGACCUAGGAAAUAUGAGUCAUGGAAAUAUGGGUAUAGGGAACUUGAACCAUGGAAAUAUGGGCCAAAGCAAUAGGGGCCAAGGACAUAUGGGACAUUCAUCACAUAAUAAUUCUACCAUGAAUAUGACACAUAUGAUGGCCACUCAAUUACCACCCGAUAUAGUGAUAGCCUUUAUUACCUUAACUUUAUUAGCCUUUAUAGGUUUCAUUAUUAAUGCUAUCCUUGUUAUCAUCGCAAUUCGUAGUAAUCGCAAGAAAACCGCAGCUGAUGGUCUUGUUGCACAUUUAUCUAUCUGUGAUCUAUUAACGACUAUACCAACAUUAAGCUACUGCUCAGUUAUCUUCGUUUUUCGUGGUUUCGGUUGGCCAACGCAAUUGAUGAAUAUAUUAUGUAAAGCAACUAUUUUCUGCCUCACUUUCUUCUAUUCUUUAACCGUAAGUACUUUAACAUUAAUGUCUAUAGAGCGAUAUCGUGCUAUCAUUCAUCCGAUGAAACCUCGUGUUUCUAGAAAGAGCUUGUGUAUCCUAUUAGUAUUUAUGUGGCUGUUAGUCGCAAUCAUUCCUGCCUUAGGCAUAAGAAAUACUGCCGUUGAUCCUCAUAGCGGAUAUUUAUGUGUACUAGAAGAUGCACAUCAGCAUUAUAUCGUUGUACUUAAUUUCAGCUACUGUGUGAUUAUUGGCUAUAUCAUACCAGCUUGUAUUAUGUUGUAUUGCUACAGCAAGAUUAUUAAAAAAUUGAAACAAUCAUCCUUAACUAACAGAGAAAGCUUAAGGAUAGAAUCUCAACGCGAAUUUCAAAAGAAGCGUGCUAUCAAAAUAUUAAUGGCGGUUUCUGUAGUGUUUAUUUUGACUGGUAUUCCUUUAGUUAUCGGCUUGAUUAUCCACAUUUACAUGGAUAGCAAACUAUCUCAGUUGACACAUUCCGAUCACGGUCUGAUCAAUAGUUUAACAUUGCUAUUUUGGAUACUCUUGCAAUUUGCUCCUCUUUACAAUCCUAUUAUUUAUUUCGCCAAGAAGAAAAAUUUCUGGCAAAAUUUUAAUCACAAGACUGAUCCAGUUUUACAUGUAAGUCAGACUGUAACAGCGAUGACUCAUUCAAAUGCUAAAUAA